CGGCCAUGGUGGACCCGGUGGCGGAGCCGGGCGAGGAGCAGCGCGCGGCGCCGGGCGGCGCGGCGGGAGAUGGGGCGGCCGGCGCCGCCGCGGGAGCCGCACCGCAGCCACAGCCACAGCCACAGCCGCCGGGGCCGGGGGAGCCGGGCCGGCCCCGCGAGCAGUCGCCACUGCUGCACCUGGACCUGUACAACUUCGACUGCCCGGCGGCGGAGGGCAGCCGCUACGUGCUGACCAGCCCGCGCUCGCUGGAGGCCUGCGCCCGCUGCGCCGUCAAGCCCGUGGAGCUCCUGCUCCGGCCCCUGGGCGAGCUGGUGCGGGAGGCCCCGGGUCGCUCCAUGCGGGUGGCCGCCGGCCUGUACGAGGCCUACGAGCUGGAGCGGCAGAGGAAGCUGCGGCAGUGCCGGGAGGAAAGAGAAAGGAUUAUCCGCGAGGAGAAGCGCAGAAUUUUCACCCCCCUGGCCAGCGGCAGCCUGCCCUCCUCCCCUGCCUCCCGCCUGGCCUUCAAAGCUGCCUCGGAUGGCACCUGCUCACCAGCCGCACAGGCAGGGGCAGGGGUAGAGGCGGGGGCCAGCGCCGGGACCACCCCUACAGGGACCAAGACCAAGAGCCACUCCCUGGAUUCCCUGCAAAAGAGGAGAGAGGGUUUCUCAGCCAAAACUUCCUCCGAUUCAGGGGCAUCCUCCUCCUACAGCGGGGAGAGCCCUCGGGACAAAUGGGCCAAAAGCAUCCCCAGGACUAGGACGGUGGCUGCCAUGAACUCCCUCGUGGGCCGGAGCUUCAGCCUGGGGGAUCUGAGCCACUCCCCGCAGACCACCAAGAAGGUGGAGAAGAUCGUCAAGGAGGUGAAGAGGAAGAAGGGUCUCAAGGAGGUGUCAGAGAGGGACAGGAAGAUUGCGGCUCUGAUGAUUGCCAGGCACCAGGAAGCCAGUCUCCUGAACGAGCAGAGGUACACGGCACAUCUCCAGUGGGACAGCCAGCGGCGGCAGGCGGAGCAACGCAAGGAGGAGGAAGAGAAGGAGAAGCAGAGGGCGCUGCUGCAGUGCCACAAGAUGUGGGAGUCCCGGGUGGAGAAGCGCCGGGGGAAGCUGAACCAAGAGCAGCAGGAGGCAACCCUACUGAAGCAGCGGCAGUGCCUGAUAUAUGAAGAGAGGUGGAAAGAGCAGGCGGAGAAGCAGGAGAAGAUGAAGAGGGAGAAGCUGGAGAGGGCCAGCCGAGAAGACAAGCAGAAGAAGUUCCAUCAGGAGCACAACCUCAAGUCUAAGGAGGAGGACAAGAAAGAGCACCUGGAGCGUGAGGAACAGCUCCUGCAGGAGAAGCUGUCCAGUGCUGCACAAAAGAAGCUGAGGAAGGAGCUGCAGCUGCAGAAGGAGAAGAAGCUGCUCCAUCAAGCAGAGAAGCUGAAGCAUGACGCCUUGCUCAAGGAGUUGUCCUGGCAUGAGGCAGAGGAAAAGGAGAUGCUAAAGGCCUCCCUGGAGAUGAACCUGAACAAAGCCCAGGAAAACUAUGAGCAGCUGGUAGAGAAGAGGAACCAGGACAUGAAGGAGAAGGCCAAGCGAGGGGAGAUGCAGUUCCAGAGAGCCAAAUUAUCAGCAGAGAGGAAAGAAAAGGAGCAGAAAGAGCACUUAGAGGCCCUGGCCAGAGCCACAGAGAGGAAGCUCCAGCAUGCUGCCCAGGUGGCUGAGGAGGUAGUCCAGCAGAAAGCCCGCAAGGUAGUCCAGAGCCGACUGGAGAAGGAAAAGGUGCAGAAGAUGAACAAGCAGAAAGUGGAGCAGUGCGAGGACUUGCGGCGCAGGGAGAUCCUCCUUUCCAUUGAGAAGAAGCUGGAAAGGAGUGAACAGUUCUUCAGGGAUAAAAAAACUGUCCUGGAAAAUGCCAGGUCUAUUGCCCGGGCAUCCUUCCACGUCCGGGAAAAGGUACGGGAGGAGACGAACACACGUACCUUUGACAAGAUGGCCUUUGAGGCAGAGUUGCAUGCCAGCCUGGAUAAAAAAUGAGAGGUCUUUCUGUGGAUGAUGGGAAAUGCAUCACCUGGCACCCACCAUAACGCAGUAGAAAGCUCUUUCAUGUGGGAACACGAUUUCAUUUUUUUUUAAAUCCUGAGUUACUGUUUGUGGGAACCAGGGUACCGCACAAAAACCAUGGCAGCUAUUUCACAUACCUUUAUAAAUACAAUUUUAUUUUGGGGGUUGUUCUAGGAGACGGACCUCAGUUCUCUCUACCAGAAGAGAAACUAUCCCAUCUCCACCUGACACAAAGCCAUGUACACAAAUUAAAGCAAGAGCGCACACAUUUACUGAAUGAGGGCUGCAGUGGCAACUUGCCAGAAACCUGUAGGUUUCUUCUAAUUUGCCUAAAAAUAGAACUGAUUGCAGUCAUCCUCAUCUUUAAUAUGGAAAUGCACAGAGUCAAGAUUAUAGGGCUAAGCGUAAGGCACCUCAUUUUGAUUUGAGUGGCUUUUCAACUUGAAACAAGUCCUGCUUGCUUGAAUCUGUUGUCUCCUCCACACUAAUGAUGAGAAUGGCUCCUUUAUAGAACUCCAUGGGGUGCAUCUGGUUCCUGGGUUGCACUUUAUCCACUUCUGAUAUAAAAUGCAGAAAGAAGGUGCCUAUAAUAAGAUUUUUUUUAACACCAUGCAAGUAGAUGCCAUGAUCAGAGCUGGGCAGAUACUGCAAACUACAAUUCACAACCACUAACUAUAACACUAAACUUUGCUUUUAUCGUCUUGACAACCCCUUUCAUUCACCUUGCACAGACAUUCAGACAAAACCGUUGUUACAGAAAAGGGAAUGUCAUAUAUACAGUUGUAUUCCCAGGAGUAUUUGCACUGGAAGUGAUUGUCUGGAUUUCUGGAGAGGUCUGUCUGUGUUGUGCACCUAACCAAUCACGGAUCAGAAAUAGCACCAUGUGACAGGUGCCCAAUCACACAGUUUUAAGAGCAGAUUAUGAACAACUACUAGAAGUAAAUUGGUGAAAUGUUCUGAAGUAAUUCACACAUUUGAGUUACCUUUGUGCAGAUCAUUUGUUGAACAAUUUCAGAUCGGGACCCAGCUUUUGAAACACUGCCUGCUCACAGAUCAUUUCUAACAAAAAAAUUAACAAGUAAAUUAUUUGCAGUGAAUACUUACUGAGCUCUAAUCAUGGCCUGCUACACAGGACAUUGGUGCUAAUGACUACUAUGUUCUUUAUGGCACAUAAGACAAUAGAUGUACAUUUUGGAACAAAUUAAGACUUGUUAUUAAUUUACUCAGGAGGGGACCAUGGCAUUCUUACAGCUCUAACCAGUUACUGGAUAGCAUGGAAUUAAUCCUUCUGUUAUUAAUGAAGGAGGACUAUUAAAAGCCUGCCCCAAACUCAUGGAAAACAUUCAAUCUAGAGAACAUUCUGCUGAGCUUUGCCGUAUGUAUUUUUCUCCUGGAUUAUUGUUAUCAGAACACAUCUGUAUGAAAACAGAAAUCUUUGCUAGGUUUCUUCUAAGUUUAUGGUAUAACUAGCUGCUUCUUCCCUACACUUCACCACCUGUGACAUCAUGCUGGGCUGCUGUGGAAAAGGUGCUGAUAGAAAGGUCACAAAUAGAACAUGCUCAGCUCAGAUGAGGUGAGGCAGUGGGAGCAACAAAGAUCCUGUGUUCAUGCAAAUGACUAUACACAAAGCCAGGGGAAGAAAGAUGGGAAAUAGUAUGUGAGAGAUUCUAUAUGGAAUACUUUUCAACAUUUUGCUUGAGGUGGCAGGCAAUCUUAAAACGUUUUUGAAGGAGGAUGUAAUGUUCAUAGCAACACUAGCAGUAGCUCAAAAGCAUUCAGACCCUGGAAACAGGAUACAACCAGUGCUGGAAGCAAAAAAAGUCAGUUUUCCCGACUUUGAUUUAAUUUAUUUAGCUUGGUGACUAAUAAACGAGUUUGGGCUAGUGUGAACAGCAGGGGACUAAGAGUCAGAAGGCUUGGAUUUUGUUCCCAGCUCUGCCAGUGACUUGACACUGAGCAGGUCAUUUUGAGCUGAUCCUUCUCCCACUGAAAUGAGUAGCAAAACUCCCAAGAGAAGCAGAAUUGGGUUCAUAGCCUUGCUAUGCCUCAUUUACCCUCUGGGGUAAAUGGAGGCUAAUGAUACCACACUUUUUAAAGGCCGCUGAGAUCUUCAGACAAAAGGUGCUAAAGAAGUGCAGAGUAUUAAAUAUUAUUUAUGAGCCUAUUUAUUUUGUCUGUAUUUAGUUAGGCAGUACAGGAAAACAUACCUUUUAGGGACUGUGUUCACUUUUAGAAAGUACACCAGGUUACAUCAAAUGGCAAGAAUAUUCAAAACCAUUGUUGGGGGAUGGGAGGAGGAACAGUGCUGGAUCCCUGCCCUCAGAUAGAAUCCAUUUGCCUUUGAAUAUUCCCAAUGAUCUGAAUGGCUAAUGGGCUUUAAUUUAAGGCCACUUUCAUGGAAUAAUUCCCCUUUCUGCCAUUUGUCCACUUAAUUGUUAUAUUCAGCACCACUUGCUUUACUAUAUAGGGAACUGCUUUCUCAUUUUUUAAACUAAACAUACAAUGUAAAAAAUGUUUUCCAAAUGAUAUUUCUCUCUCUCUCUGUACAUAUACACACUACAUUUACUAUAUGUAUAUGUAAGUACACACACAUACCAUAUAUCACAUACAAUAUAUAUCAAACAUAGACCAUAUAAUAUUGUAAAUGUAGUGGGUCUGACCAGAGUCUAUAUGGGGGAAUCUGUGGAAUCUUUUAAUUGAUUUCAUAUGCUUUACAUCAAGCCCAGAAAAGCAAAUGUUAAGACAUGCUGAUGACACUAAAAGACACAUUGACAAUUUGGGCAGAGGCCUGAGAGCUACUCCUCAGGUCUGCUCCCGCUUCUGUUGAUUUCGAUGAGAAUUUUACAGCUGACUUAAUUGGGACUAGAAUUAGACUCCUGAAUGUGUGUAACAUAUAUUUAUAUUUGUUAUUGUAUUUUCAGUACUGAAGUGCAGUUAUCAGAGAACCAAAAGCCCCCAAAUGCAACGCUCCAUCUGGCUGCUCAGAAUAAGUUUGAAAACCUGAAAACCAGGAGCUGUAAUUUUUUAUUUUUUAAUAGAGCACACAUUUUUCCUUCUUACGAAGCAAAAUGCAGAUAACACUUUAGCCAUACCAAGAAAGAAGGUAAUCUCUGCUGGUUCUUCAGAAGGACAGUUAAGCAUAACUGCAUCUUGAGCUAUUCAUUAUUUUCAUUAAUCCAAAUAUUUUGUCAUUAGACUAACACUUAUAUGCUGUGUAAGGACCACUGCAGAAUUUAAAAAGUUGCACUUAAAACACCAUCAGGAUGUAUCUGUCCAGGUCUGUAGUCAGAUCUACGCUUCAUAUUGACCUCUGUAUCUGUUGGGCCAACUCUACACCCAGAUCUAAAUACCCUUCAACUAUGCUAAGGUUCAAAUCCAGAUUCAAUCUUCGAGACUUCAGCUGAUGACCACUUCAUUGAUGGUUACUAUUCUUGCUUGAUCUGGUUAGAAUUUGCCAACUGUGACUGCCUGAAAAGUUAUCUGAACAUUAGAUGUCAAUACUAUGAUAAAAGACUACGGUAUCCUUUGGAUGUACAAAGCAGAAUUCUACGACCCUAUCCUACUGGUCUUUCUCAGGUAAAACUCUCAUUGAUCUAAGCUGGAGUUUUGCUUGAUUAAGACAAAAUGAUCAAGACUAAGAGCGCUCAAACCCUGGCCUGUGUACUGGAUCUGGCCUCCCUGUACCAGGUCAUCCAGCCCACGGGACUCCCUAUGGGUAUGCGGGGAACUCCAUAAGCCGUGGCCCUGCAUGCUAGACUGGGUGGCAGUGCAUGGCCCUGAUCCUGGAACAUGAGGCCAAGCAGAUGUGACAUAACGCCUUGCAGCCCUGGUCUCGGCAUGUAGAGUCUGAUCCGUUCACCUGGCCCAUAGGGCCAAAACACUGAGCAGCUCUGAUCAAGACCAUAACAAUGGAAGAAGAGAUUCCGCCCCUGCCCCUGCCCUUCCCCGCCCACAUUGUGUAUGAGAUAAAAAAGACAUUAUAAAAAUUAAGGUUCACACACUUACAUGCUUUUCUAUUGCAAGGCUAUUAGAACAAGCCAUAUUGUUAGCCAGAAUUCUCUGUUUGGUUCUGUAGUACAGUUCUUUUAUUCCACAGUUCACCUCUGCAUUUACUCCACGGGAAGUUAUUCCUUAUGGGACAACUUGGAGAUUAUACCAUAGAAUGAAAGCAGAGUCUGCAACAAAGAUAUCUGCGUGACAGAUCCAAGAGGAGGAAUUGUUCAUUGGGUAUGCUUCAAGGUCUGGACUGGAUUGGGGAAUUUAGGGAAAUACAUAGCUUGCUUUCCAGGAUCUGGGCACAGGUUUGUUAAGUCCUGUCUACACACCUAUGAUAGCAGUCUUUAUGUAACGCUUAAGAGAAAUAAUAUGUCAUCUCCCCUGUUGAUCCGACACCUGAGCUAGCUGAAGUAUCUCUGCACAGCAUUGUAUUUGACCAUACAGACAUACUAAUGAGCCCAGGUGGCUGAGCAGUGCUGUACAUAGGGGAAGACCUUUCUUCCUGACCCCCUGAUCACAUCAGAACAUUAAUUUGAUUUCCAGAGGUUCUGCUUGCCUGUUAAUUAAUUGUUGCUGAAUAAGAACAGAAUUGUCAUACUAGGAUUUUAUGGUGGUGCAUGCAAUAGUUUUACUUAAAAAAAAAAGAUGCCAAUCUAUGAUGGGGAGAGAAUAUGCCUAAAUAACAAGAUGAGCAUCAGAGUCCCCCACACACUUUUACUCUCAUUUCAGUAGUUAAUACAGGCCAGAAUUGUUUGCAGACAGCAGGAGCACCUCAGCUGGCUCCACAGCCCUUGUUCCUAGAAGCCACAUGGAUGGGCUCUGAAAAGGACUGCGUGCCAUGAGUAAUGUAGUUAAGGGGGGGCAACCAGGGCAUCAGUCCCAGGCAUUAAGUUGCAGGACAGUGAUGCAAAAAAAGCAGCUACUGUACUACCGGCCCAGCUGCUGCCACCAGUGGCCUAGCCACUGAUGUGGCCCCAUGUGCCACUGCCACCACCCAGGGUGCAGAAGUGCUCAGGUUCACCUCUGCAUGCUGUUAUCAGCUGUGGCUCAAGUUUACUAUAAUAAAACUGCUAAGUGUUUUAA